GAAACCCUCUGAGAAAAACAUGGGGGAAAAAAAUACAACAUUCGACUUUUUCAAACCAACAUGUUAAGAGUUUAAUGUUAUUAUCACUCCUGCGUUUUGUGGGGGUAUAGCAGCUUCAAGUUCAGUUACUUUCGCUGCUAAUUAAAAAUUUAUUGUGAUAUUUCAUAAUAUGGCUGGUCAUCAGACAAUCAAGGACUUCAUUCUAAUUAGUGAAUUCUGCGAAGUCGAAGGGCCUCGAUGUGUUAUGACUAUUCCUACAACUCUACCUCAUUUGAAUAAUAACGAACAUUUCAAUCUGGAUGAAUUUUUACUUUAUAUAAUGACCACAGAUUACCAGAAUUUUCCAGGAGAAAAAUGGGAGGAGGUGUCUGAUGUGCCUUGUAUUCGGACCAACAUCAUUCAGAAUUUCCACGCCAUCCUGCACUAUUUCACCUUAAAGGAUCCUCAAGCAAGAGGUGGUGUCCGCCCAUCUUGCAUAGCCUAUAUCACCCAAAAUCAAACCAAGCUUUAUCGUCUGAAGAGUGAAAUCCUCAAUAGUCUUAAUAUGUCUGCCCAAAUAUUCAAGAAUGCUAAUGUAAAUUGGAUGAGAAGUUUAGGACAAGAUAUUGGAGUGCAGGAGAAUCAAAGUGUGGCAAAUUUGCUUGAUAAAUGGAAAGACCUUAUUCAGCCAGCAGCUGAGAUUUGGGAUCAAGAGAAAAAAUUAAAACCAUGGCAUAUGCUUUGUCCUGUAGGGGUUUCAAUUGUGAUAUCAGGAUUAUUGUUUGUUUAUAAAAUAUGGUCUAGGACACUAGAGGACCAAAUUUUGGACCCAAAGGUGAUAAGUUCAACAUACGAUUUGUUUACUAAUGUAAACCCUGAUGACGUUGAUUUCCAAAAUGUAAUAUCUCAACUAAAUGGUAUUAUUCUGUGAUCAGUUAUAUCUAGAAAAUAAAUCAAGCAUACACUUA